GGUAGAACUUGGAGCCAGUUGGACGGACGCUUAUUGGAUAAAAGGGCUGACGUCACUUCCUUCUCUCUCUUCGGCCACCGCCAUAGUCGGGAAAGGACUGGGGACAAAAUGUCGUCCCACAAGACUUUCAGGAUCAAGCGCUUCCUCGCAAAGAAGCAGAAACAGAACAGGCCCAUUCCUCAGUGGAUCAGAAUGAAGACUGGAAACAAGAUCAGGUACAACUCCAAGAGGAGACACUGGAGGAGGACCAAGCUCGGCCUGUAAACAUGAGGGUCCCUGGAUCCAAGCAUCCCAACAUCUGCUGGGCCUGACCACAGGGAGGGAGCCAUGUUAUCUGGACCAGCAGUCAUUUUGUACAGAUACUCUGGUUAUGUUCAUGUUUGACAAUAAAAGAUCUGUGAUCAAACUUGA